UCUUGGUCAUUGAAAAAGAACGUUCGUCGUUCCCCUUCUGAGAAAGGUAAGGUUAAGAGAAUCGCGUGUGUUGGAAUAAUCUUCUUGGACUACUUUGCUACUCUUCUUUGACAUUAUGUACGAGGAUUAUAAUGAGUACGAACCCUAUGACGAAUAUGGACCGGCGGAUGUACACACCGAGCCAUACGAUAGAUUAAGCUAUCGUCAAGUACCCGAAGUGGUACGAAAGUUUCUCGUCUAUUUGAGAAAUUGCAUUAACGAAGGAAUGAUUUUUGAAAUUCAAAAUUUAUACGAGUCAUCCUUUCCAAAGAUUUCGGAACAAUUGUUUGAUAAAUCAUCUUGGCCGGAUGCAUCGAGUAUUGCUCACAUCGUUGACAAUGAUUUAGUAUUUCUAAUUCUUUAUAAGGAACUUUAUUAUCGUCAUAUCUAUGCUAGAAUGCAAGGACCAACGUUGGAGCAACGUUUUGCAUCUUUCUAUAAUUACUGCGAUUUAUUUAAUUACAUAGUAUCUCCAGAUACACCCGUUCAAUUGGAAUUGCCCGAUCAAUGGUUGUGGGAGCUUAUUGAUGAAUUUGUUUAUCAAUUUCAAUCGUUCACGCAAUACCGUGCAAAUUUAUCCAACAAAACGCCCGAUGAAAUAGAAAAUUUAAAUGCCAACAGUAAAAUAUGGGAUGUUCUGUGCGUUUUAAACGUUCUUCAUUAUUUAGUAGAAAAGUCAAAUAUAAAGAGACAAUUGGAAGUAUAUGCGAGCGGAGGGGAUCCCGAUUCUGUAGCAGGAAUCUUUGGCAAACACUCGUUGUACAAGAUGUUGGGCUAUUUCUCCCUCGUUGGUCUUUUAAGAUUACAUUCUUUACUGGGAGAUUACUAUCAGGCAAUUAAAGUUUUAGAAAACGUCGAGCUGUAUAAAAAAAGUGCUUACUCUCAUGUACCAGGUUGUCAAAUAUCAACUGCUUAUUACGUUGGAUUUGCUUAUAUGAUGAUGCGUAGAUACGCAGAUGCCAUUAGAACCUUCUCUGGUAUUUUACUUUAUAUUCAACGCACCAAACAAUUGUUUGCAACACGAAGUUAUCAAAAUGAUCAAAUUAAUAAGCAAACGGAACAAAUGUAUCAUCUCCUGGCUAUUUGUCUCGUUCUUCAUCCGCAGUGUAUAGAUGAAGGUUUGCAGCAAGCAUUGAGGGAUAAAAAUUAUCACGAAAAGAUGUAUAAAAUGCAAUAUGGAGAUCUUACUGAAUUUGAAUCGUGUUUCUUAUUCGCGUGUCCUAGAUUUUUAUCUUUGACACCAUCUAAUCCUGAUAAUUUGCAUGAAGACUAUGUUAGAGAAGCCAUUAGACAUCAAACUCAAGUGUUUAUGGAUGAAGUCGUGCAACAAAAAAUGUUACCUACAAUACGUUCUUAUUUGAAAUUAUAUACGACUUUACCUUUAAGCAAAUUAGCUACUUUCAUGGGCAGUGCCACUAGGCAAGACGAUAGCUGGGAUUUGGAUAAAGAAGUUAACAUGCUGACCAUUCAUUUGUUAUGUUUCAAACAUAAGAUGAAAAAUAUUGUCUGGACAAAAGGUGCAUCGGGAUUAGAUGGCAAAUUUCAAUCCGGCUCUGAGUUGGAUUUCUAUAUAGAUCACGACAUGAUUCACAUUGCGGAUACAAAGGUAGCACAUAGAUAUGGAGAUUUUUUCAUCCGUAAAAUUUUAAAAUUUGAAGAAUUAAAUCGCAAAUUACAUCACAUCAAAAUUUAAUUACAACAACAAUUCAUUAUAUGGAAAAGUAAGAAGGAUAAUAAAAUGUCAUAAUAAAGAAAAUAUAUGUACUUUUGUUAUUAA